AUGGCGCCACACAAGCAACACACAGAUCUCCUCGCCUCCAUUGCUCUCCAAGUGAUUGAGAAUCGGGAAACACGAUCCCCCUAUGGCGACAAUCGCGCCGCCACCGAAGACAAAAUGAUGGUCGAGCAUGCAAACCUGGCCAGAGAAAGCGGCUUGAUCGACGAAGAAACGGCCACGCAACUAUCGCAAUCCUGGCACAGAUCUGGCGAGCUACAGAUGCAGUGGAAGCCCGAAUAUCUCAGGAUCCAUCCAGAAUAUGCAGCAGGAGAAAAGGAUGUUGCGGUAUCAUUGGACACUGCAAUGAAGAGGCAAAAGGAGAAGGACAGGAGGGACAUCAAGUUCAUUAAAGACUGGCGAGCGGGGAAGGUGGAUGAAGACGGAAACAAGAUUCAAAGGAACAGGGAAGGGAUGGAUGCUACGGAGGCGGCUGAGGGGACUUCACAUGGAAGCGAAGCUGCUUCCGUAGGAGGGAUCACAACACCUUCCACACGGCAAGCAAACAGCGAUGGCAGGCCAGGUUCAUCAUCAAGUUUCGCAUUGGCUUCAUCAAGCCCUGUAACUGGACCUUCGAACAACGUCUCAUCUGCGAAGAUUUCUACAUCACGCCCAGAAGUCAAACACCCAGCCAAACCCUCCCCUCAAACAUAUACCUUUGCAUCGCCUCAGACCGGUGCGCAGCUCCCGCCCGCUAAAUCGGCUCCUCUUCGAAUUCGCAAGCCGAAAUCCGAUAUCCCUCCACCACUACAUCCCUUACCCAACCAUCCUGACUACUCGUCCUUCGUCUACGGCGAAGUUGCCGCGCUGUGUCGCCAGCGUAAUCUGCCAGGUGGCGGAGCGACGCACGAGCUGAGGAAUAGAUUGAUUCAAGAUGAUAUCAAUGUAGCUCGGGGGUUACCGAGAGAGAAGAGAACCUACAAAGGGAACAAGAGGGCGUAUAAGUACUCUGCGCCUGUACUUGGGGGGGUCGGGAGCCAAGACCCGAACGGUGAUUCGGAGAGAGAUGUGAGUGAUAGGGGGGAAGGAAGUGAAGAGAGCGUAAGGAACGAGACGAACGAUACAGCGGAGGUGAAGGGGCAAGAUAUUAGCCCGAAGAGGAAGAGCCUGAGUGAAGAUGGCGCAGAUGAGGAAGUUGACGCACCUCAGAACAACGUCAAGAAGAGGAAAGGGACGAUAUUGAUGACCUUCAAGUAG